AUGCACUGUAUAUCUAAUAUCAUUUUUGUUGCUACCUCUGGUCUCGCUCCCGUACAGAUCUUUCAAGACAAUGCUACUGAAGAAAGGGCAGAAAAUGCUCGUCUUUCCGCAUUUGUUGGUGCUAUUGCUGUAGGUGAUCUCGUCAAGAGCACUCUUGGACCCAAGGGCAUGGACAAGAUUCUUCAGUCUGUUAGUAACCACAAAGAUGUCAUGGUUACUAACGAUGGUGCUACUAUUCUCAAAUCAAUUGCACUUGACAAUGCUGCUGCUAAAGUUCUUGUUAACAUUUCCAAGGUUCAAGAUGACGAAGUUGGUGAUGGAACCACUUCUGUGUGUGUUCUUGCUGCUGAACUUUUGCGAGAAGGUGAAAAGCUUGUCAAUCAAAAGAUUCAUCCUCAAACUAUCAUCGAUGGAUACCGUAUUGCAUCAGCCACUGCACACAAGGCUCUUGAGGCAUCUGCUAUUGAUCACAGCAAAGACGCACAGCUUUUCCGAGAGGAUUUGAUCAAUAUUGCCAAGACCACUCUUAGUUCCAAGGUUUUAUCACAAGACAAAGAGUAUUUUGCUAAACUUGCAGUUGAUGCAGUUCUUCGUCUAAAGGGAAGCACCAACCUUGACCACAUUCAAAUUAUUAAGAAGCACGGUGGAAAGCUGACCGAUUCUUACCUUGAUGAAGGGUUCAUUUUGGACAAAAAGAUUGGUGUUAACCAGCCCAAGCGUAUUGAGAAUGCCAAGAUCCUUAUUGCCAACACUCCUAUGGAUACUGACAAGAUCAAGAUCUUUGGUGCUCGUGUUCGCGUCGACGCUACAGGAAAGCUAGCUGAACUCGAGCGUGCCGAGCGUGAGAAAAUGAAGACCAAAGUAGACAAGAUCAAGGCACACGGAAUCAACUGCUUUGUCAACAGACAGCUUAUUUACAAUUGGCCUGAACAACUGUUUGCAGAUAGUGGAAUCGCUGCUAUUGAGCACGCUGAUUUUGAUGGAAUUGAACGGCUUGCUCUUGUUACAGGUGGAGAAAUAGCAUCCACUUUUGAUCAUCCCAAUCUUGUUCGUCUUGGACACUGUGAUUUAAUCGAGGAGAUUAUUAUUGGAGAAGAUAGACUGAUCAAGUUUUCUGGUGUUGCUGCUGGUGAAGCAUGCACGGUUGUUCUCCGUGGCGCUACCAACCAGCUGCUUGACGAGGCUGAGCGCUCCUUGCACGAUGCCCUGUGGUCGUUCUCAAACCAUUCAGGAACCUCUGCCGAUCUUGUUUCAAAACUUCGUGCUUCUCAUGCCAAUGGAAAGGCUACCUCUGGACUUGAUAUGUACAACGGUGCUGUUGCAGAUGUGCGUGCUCUUGGCAUUACUGAGUCGUUUAAACUUAAGAGGCAAGUUCUCUUGUCUGCUUCGGAAGCCGCUGAGAUGAUCUUGCGAGUAGAUAACAUCAUUCGCUGUGCUCCACGCCAGCGUAAUCGCGAAUAA